AUGGAUGGCUAUCGUGUUGUAAAACUGAAUGAAGUGAUCCGUAAUGUUGAUAUAGUAAUUACUGCCACUGGAAAUAAAAAUGUAGUUACAAGAGAACACAUGGAUAAAAUGAAAAAUGGUUGUAUUGUUUGUAAUAUGGGACAUUCAAAUACAGAGAUUGACAUAAAUGGUUUAAGGACACCUGACCUAACCUGGGAAAAAGUUCGAUCUCAAGUGGAUCACGUAAUUUGGCCUGACGGGAAACGAAUUAUUUUGUUAGCAGAAGGUCGUUUGGUUAAUCUAAGUUGCUCGAGUCUGCCAUCAUUUGUGGUCUCGAUUACUUCUGCAACUCAGGCAUUAGCAUUAAUAGAACUGUUUAAUGCACCUGUUGGUCGGUACAAAUCAGAUGUUUAUUUGUUACCCAAGAAAAUGGGUAAGUAUAUUUAA